UUCAUAAACAAAUUUUUAAUGUACAUACAUGUACAUGUACGGGUACGGAUUCCAGCCCCACCCCGGAGCAAGACUAUAUGAGAAAUUUGCGGCGCUUUGUAAGCAGCGUUUUUACGAGUGUAUCCCACUCCAACCGCUUCAUAAACUUAACAAAAAUAAUCUUACAAUGAACUACGCUAACUCUAACUAGCGCGUGCUGGCUGGCCGGCCUUAAGCGGCCUUGCUGGCCUUAGCUGCGUUAGCUGGCCUCGACACCUGACCACCACUGUUUCCAUAGAUUAGUCUCGUAGUUGUUGGCAGCGCCUCCUGACCAGCCAGAAACCUAGAACCUAGAGUACUAUAGCUGGCUGGCUAGGACUCGCUAGGACUCUACAGAAACCACGGGCAACCACAGCGCGAGCAAGUCUCCACAGACUAGAGCUAACUAGAGCUGGCUGGCUGGAGUCAGUGAGAGCUGGGAGAAGUGCCUGGUCCCGCUGCCCGCCCGAGUAGCCCGAGUGCUUUGUGCUUUGCAGGCAACGGUAGACGCGACCUCCUGGCCUGAUGGCAACGGCGAAGAAAAGACGUGCUGGGGCAGGGAAAACCUCGGCACAGCAGCCUACCUCUUCUGCAUCUUUUGAAGCUCUCCCGCUUCUAUCCCCUUCACAGUUACGGGACUUGUGGGACUUUGAUAACCAGUGUGGAUUUGAUAUUAUGGGUGCUCCCCUUAGACGCUGUUCUUGCAGAGAAAACGAUGAAAACACUGAGGGGUGUGAUGCUAUUAGCUCUGAUGAGCUAGACACUUUGAAAGUUUCCAUAAAGGAAAUGUGGAACAAUGCAAAAUCAAUUUUUGAAAUUUUUUAUGAUCCCAAUGCAUCCCAUUUAGGGUAUCGUAUGAGAGUGAAGAAGGACAUGCCCAUUAAUGUGACUCUGAGAAUGGAGGACAGUUUUUUCUUUGGAUGGUGUGCUUCUGCGCCUGAAACAGGUCCUUGCUCCCAUUUGUAUGCACGAAGCCCGGUUCAGCCCAGAGGAUAUAUGGGCGGACCUGCCAGCUUUUGUAACUGGGCACCUAGUACGGCUACCAUAUCCCUCAUUAGGCCAAGCAACUUCAACUCCUGCUUUUUUGUGAGGCUGGAAUGCAAAAAUUUAUCCAACGGUACCGAACUAGUUUGGAAUUAUGGUUGCCCAAAGAGGCAGCCUGUUGACAGUAAUUGGUUUAAGCAGUGCUGUGUCUCAAUUGAAAGCAAAGUCUUCAGACGACAUGAAAAAAGGGAUAAAAUAUGCGAUUUCAUGCAUGCAGAAAAAUGUGUCUUAUGUGGACUUCCAUUUUCUACCAAAAAUAAAGAACGAAGGAUACAGCGAAAGCCUCACUUCGUCAACAGUCAUGCAGACUACCUUGGCAGCACCUGGAAUGGUUUGGGAUACUUCAAGAAUGAGGAGGUCACUUCAGCACAGGUCCUGACCAACGCACAUUUGCUAAAUGGCCUUUUGCAGUCUUUGACCAGGGAUCUCAAAUGGACAAUAGUUCCUGCCUGCAUUGUAAUGAACAGGGAUAAAGAUGCCUUUGCUGAUUCUGAGUCUCUACUUCAGGAGUUCAAAAAGAGGUGUGAACUGCUGAAAGAGUUAGGCAUUCUCGUGUUGAGAGGAAUGGAAGAGGCACUCUCAAUUGAAAACCUCAGUGUUGAACAUCUUCAGCCCAUCCCAAAGUCUGUGUGGAGGACUCUACAGUGGAAGGAUGGUGUUAUGCCCGUUCAGGGCAUAUACUCAGCACGCUCCGAAGGCAAUUCAUCAAGUUCUGACCACGAUGCUGCUCUUCGUAUAUUAAUUUCGAAAGUUUUCAGCAAGACCAACUUGAAGCAGCCUGACGAAGAAUCAUCUUGAACGACACCGUAAACUGAGUUUGAUUUGUAUUCCAGUUUGUUUCUGCAGAAUCUAUUUGAUGUGUUUGCUUUCCAAUAUUUUUCUGAAGACGGGAGAAUGUGACAGUAAAAAGGUCUGUAAGGAUUUUUCAGUUGAAAAUUACAAUGCUUCCCAUAUUUUUUGAAAACCCCUGUAAAUUUGGAUCCAAAUGUGAGCCUGAGUUUAGGGAGAGAAUAACAGAAAACUUUUUCA